GACCCCCAAUGGACUGAUGGACCAGGUAUCAAAAACCCACUCCAUUCAUGACUCAUUUCCAGCCUUUUUACUCUGUCAUUGACAGCCUUUUUUAAGCCCCCCCACCCUUUCCCAAUUCAGAGACUCCCAUGUGGUCCUCACUCCCCAUGUGCAAGCCAGACAGUCUUCCCCUCUUGCUAAAAAAAGCUUCUCUGUUCACUGCACACUUUCUUUCUCUCUGCCCUCCAUCACCAUUCUACUCAAAGAUUCUAACUUUCCUUCAACAAUGUAAUGAGCCCCCUCUUUCUCUCUAUCGAUCUCCCGAUCAUUUGGAAUAAUAUGGAACCAACUUCUUGAAAGUUUACACCUUUCUGCAAUACUUUGUACAAAACCCUCUCUCUCUCUCUCUCUCUCUCUCUCUCUCUCUGUGAUUGUGCAGUUGUUUCAAGAUGAAGAAGAAAACACAUUUUGGGUUCAAGCUUUUGACUAUUUUCCUUGCUGGGUUUUCUUCAUUUUUGCUGUGUGCCAACUCUCAACCAAGUUCGAGCAAUGAUGCUUCAGUAAUGCUGGAUCUCAAGAAGAGCCUCAACCCAUCUGAAUCUCUCGGAUGGUCCGACCCUGACCCCCGCAAGUGGAGCCAUGUUGGCUGGUCCGAUGACAAAAGGGUGACUCGGAUCCAACUGGGUCACCUCAAUCUUGAAGGUACGCUUCCUCCAAGCCUCCAAAACCUCACUAAACUAGAGCGUUUAGAGCUUCAGUGGAACAAAAUCUCAGGUCCUCUUCCGAGCUUAAAUGGGUUAAGCUUAUUACAAGUGCUAUUGCUUAGUAACAACCAAUUUAGUUCAAUUCCCAGUGAUUUCUUCACUGACAUGACUUCACUUCAAUCUGUUGAGAUUGAUAACAACCCUUUUAUGGGUUGGGAAAUCCCCGCAACUCUCCGAAAUGCAUCAUCACUUCAAAAUUUCUCGGCCAAUUCGGCCAACAUUACCGGAAACGUACCGGAUUUUUUCGACGGCGAUUCGUUUUCAAGUCUGGUUAACUUGCACUUGGCUUUCAAUGGCCUCCUAGGCGAAUUGCCCGAGAGCUUUGCCCGGUCGCAAAUUCAGUCUCUUUGGCUUAAUGGCCAAGAGAGUGUAGGUAAGCUGGGUGGAAGCAUUGGGGUGAUACAAAACAUGACUCUGUUGAAAGAAGUUUGGUUGCAUUCUAAUGCAUUUUCGGGUCCAUUACCAGACUUUUCGGGUUUGAAAGAUUUGCGGAGCUUGAGUUUGAGAGAUAAUAUGUUUACUGGUCCCGUUCCAGUUUCAUUGUUGAAUCUUAAAUCACUAGAGGCGGUGAAUUUGACAAACAAUUUGCUCCAAGGGCCAAUGCCAGCUUUUGGGGUGGGGGUUGCAGUAGAUAUGGUUAAUGGUUCUAAUAACUUUUGCUUGCCCAGUCUUGGUCAAUGUGAUCCUCGAGUGAAUGCUUUGCUUUUGAUUGUGAGUUCACUGGGUUACCCACAAAGGUUUGCAGAGAAUUGGAAGGGGAAUGAUCCUUGUGCAGAUUGGAUUGGGGUCACCUGUAGUAAUGGGAACAUUACUGUCCUCAAUUUUCAGAAAAUGGGUCUUACUGGAAUGAUUUCGCCCGAAAUUGCAUCACUGAAGUCCCUGCAAAGGGUAAUUCUUGCUGAUAACAAUUUAACUGGAACUAUUCCUGAGGAGCUUGCCACGCUGCCUGCACUUACUACUUUAGAUGUGUCAAAUAAUAAGCUCUAUGGGAAAGUUCCAGACUUUAAGGUUAAUGUGCUUGUAAACAAGAAUGGUAACCCUGAUAUAGGGAAGGACAUGAGUACUUCAUCGGGAGCUGCACCAUCUCAAAAUUCAACUAACCCUUCUCCAAGUAUAGGUUCCGGAAAUAAUGGCAGUUCUGGACCUCACGGAAAGAAAUCUUCAACUCUAACAGGAGUUAUUGUGUUCUCCGUGAUCGGGGGUGUUUUUGUGAUUUUCUUAAUUGCACUGUUGCUUAUCUGUAUAUAUAGAACAAAACAAAAGCAGUUAAGCAGAGUUCAGAGCCCGAAUGCAAUGGUAAUUCAUCCCCGCCAUUCUGGGUCUGAUAAUGAAAGCAUGAAGAUCACAGUUGCUGGCUCCAGUGUUAGUGUUGGUGCAAUAAGUGAAACUCAUACUCUUCCUAGUAGUGAGCCCAGUGAAAUCCAAAUGGUUGAAGCAGGAAACAUGGUGAUUUCUAUUCAAGUGCUCCGGAAUGUGACCAACAAUUUCAGUCAAGAAAAUAUAUUGGGACAAGGAGGUUUUGGGACAGUGUAUAAAGGGGAACUGCAUGAUGGAACAAAGAUUGCAGUUAAGAGAAUGGAGUCUGGGGUAAUAGCUGGUAAGGGGCUUACUGAAUUUAAGUCUGAAAUUUCGGUUUUGACAAAGGUUCGUCACAGGCAUCUAGUUGCUCUUCUGGGAUAUUGUUUGGAUGGCAAUGAAAGGCUUCUUGUAUAUGAAUACAUGCCUCAAGGGACGCUCAGUAGGUACCUCUUCAACUGGCCGGAAGAAGGACUGAAGCCACUUGAAUGGACAAAAAGGCUGACCAUUGCCUUAGAUGUAGCAAGGGGGGUUGAGUAUCUCCAUGGUUUGGCACAUCAGAGCUUUAUACAUAGGGACUUAAAGCCUUCAAAUAUUCUUCUCGGAGAUGAUAUGAGGGCAAAGGUUGCAGAUUUUGGUCUCGUACGGCUUGCUCCAGAGGGUAAAUUUUCAAUUGAAACAAGAAUUGCAGGGACUUUUGGAUACUUGGCACCAGAAUAUGCAGUUACGGGCCGUGUGACAACUAAAGUAGAUGUGUUCAGUUUUGGGGUGAUUUUGAUGGAGCUAAUCACCGGGCGAAAAGCACUUGACGAGAGCCAGCCAGAGGAGAGCAUGCACCUUGUAACAUGGUUCCGGAGAAUGUUCAUCAACAAGGACACGUUCCGCAAGGCCAUUGAUCCAACAAUUGAUCUCAGUGAGGAAACACUUGCCAGUGUCAGCACUGUUGCUGAGUUAGCAGGCCACUGCUGUGCAAGAGAACCGUAUCAAAGGCCUGACAUGGGCCAUACUGUCAAUGUUCUAUCUUCUCUAGUGGAGCUUUGGAAACCAAGUGAUCAGAGUUCUGAAGACAUAUACGGUAUAGACCUCGAAAUGUCAUUGCCACAAGCACUUAAGAAGUGGCAGGCUUAUGAAGGCAGAAGCAAUAUGGAAUCCUCUUCUUCAUCGCUUCUUCCCAGCUUGGAUAAUACUCAGACUAGCAUCCCUACACGACCGUAUGGAUUCGCCGAGUCUUUCACAUCUGCGGAUGGGAGAUAAGACUUAGAUGUAAAUUAUUGUAAUCGUGGUUUGGUAUGUUUAUUCUUGUUGCGUCUUAACUUGCGGUUUCUGUGUACAAUUUGUUCAAACUUUCAUGUUUUAGCCUUACCCCCACUCUGAUGUUCUGGAAUGUUAUGACUUGUUUUAUAGGUUUUGAAUGAAAUGGGAAGUGGUUCUCGACUCUGAAGAAAUAAUAUUUCAUUUUAAUAGAAA